AUGAAGUUCGUUUGCUUUCUGAUCAUUCUUCUGUUUUCCACUUUACCAACUCCCUCGUUUGCUGUUGAACUGCAUCCUGCAGAUGAGAAUACAGGUACGGGAGUAGAAAAUGUUAAGAUAGUUGGAAACAGGAAGAUGUAUGUUGAUGGGGUUAUGAAGAUUGAGAGGAAGGAGAUAACUGAAAGUGUAAUUGACAAGAGGGGAAUUAUGAGGAUGAUGCAUGAGAAGUGUAAGAAAGCUGGAAACCAUUGCGAGGAGAAGUCUGAUGAUGGAGGUUUUGUUGCAUUUAACGCUGAUUACCAUGCUCCAAGACAUCACCCACCCAAGAAUAACUGA